CCGGAAGCAGUCCGCGGGGAGUACUGGGAGUUUGUGAGAGUGGGGUUCCCCGAAGCUUUGCAAACUUCAGCUGAGAUGAGUUCCCUGGAAGGGAUGAGGACUCCCUGAAAUCAUGGAGGUGGGCGUUACCCAAGAAUGAAACGGUGAUUUAAGAGACGAGGUACUUAGGGGAUCAAAAUCUCCUACGGAGCUCGAAAUGAGACUGGGACAAGAUCGAAGAUGGAGGGAGAGGCUGGCAUCACCAGAAACAAACUCUCCACCUUGUCAUGUUCUUGGAGUAGGAUUAGAAAGACCAACGAUUCCUAGGACACCCAUGGAGACGGAUAAUUUAGGACUCCACAGAGGUUCGGUCUUUCAGGAAUCAAACCCUCUGGGUGUGCUACCAGAAACAGUGGGGUCCGAUAACGGGGGCCUUCCACCUGGGCUUCCCCACGGAGGGACACCUCAGCCUACGCUGGGCACAGAGUAUGAAAGCACACAGGCCGCUGAGUGCAUAAGGCCGCCUGUGGUCUGUGGGUCUGCCGGGAUGGAGGCUGUAGUGGAAAAACAGCCUGUUGUAGGUUUUGAACUGGGAAAAGAACUGGGAAAAAAGCCCCCCUGUGUUAUAGAGAAGUCCUACAGAAAGACACCUCCUGAGAAGGUAGACAUCGGGUUGCCCCAAACCCAGGAACCAGGUGAAGUCAAGAACGCAGAGCCUCAAAUAGGUUUCGUACCAGAACUUUCUGAGUUUCCAAUUGCCCAACAACCUGAAGAGAUGGAGCCCAUUUGCACGGAACCUGGAGAGCCUCCCUCCCACACCAGACCCGUAUAUCAUGGGAAAUUCUUUGAUCGGGUGUCUUGCCUGCCAAGUGCGGGAAAAGUUAAGCCCGUUGGAUACAGAGUAGCAGACUGUUUGACUGAAAAGCUUCCCAGGCUUAUUACUCCCCCCGCGGUAAAGAAGUUUUACAACUUCAGAUAUCCACCUCCUGGAGCAGAAAGAGUAUUUUAUGGCAGAGUGAAUGAUCCCCAAAUUGCACCUUAUUUGACACAUGGACUGCAGUCUAAAAGUUCAGCAUCGGCGAGCAAAUUGGUAAACCCGGAGCCCCUUACCACUUUUCAACAGAAAAUUAAAGAAAAAAAAGAAUCUAUAUAUUUUAGCAAUCAACGAUCACCAUUGGGAAAAUCUCAUGAUCAAACACCAGGAUUGCCUAAAGGACUGGAUGUAAUCAACACAACAUUUGGGACACCAGUUAUCAGAGACUUGUCUGCUGGUGACACUGUGAAUCCACCAAAAUCCUUCAGAGAUGUGCUUAAAGAAGGACAGGAAGGACAUGAUAUGUAUGUUCUCUCUCACCAUGAUUAUUUUGCCGGAGAACCAAAGAACCGAAAGUAUAACCCACCAAGUUUCCAUAAGCUUAACUUGUAUGGAGUUCCAACGCCUCAUUUUAAUGAUGGACGCAUGAUGGCCAAAAGUUUACAUUGGCUCCAUGAACUGCAAAUGGAAAAAGGAGCUAAAGUUGUAUCCAAAAGAGUUGAUGACUUCAGAGAAAGGUUUCAUCACAAACUUGGAAGAGUUUUAGACCCCAUUGCAGAAACUAUGAAUGUUCCCCCAGGCCACACAUUUGGAGUUUGCCUAAAGCCUGAAGAAUAUGGAGUUGGCGAUCUCCUCCAUCACAGAGUUCCAGCUGAGUAUCUUCGUGGGAAGGACCGCCAGAGAGCCCUGAUUGCAGCUGCUCGACACCACUUGAAGACAUUCAAUCACCAGCACUUUGACAGUUUGCUGUUGGCUUUCAAGCACUAUGACAAGAAGGGAGAUGGGGUGAUUGACAGAGAAGAACUGUAUGAAGCUUGUGACCAGGCCAACCUGCAUCUAGACAAGAUACUCCUGGAUCAUCUGUUUGACUACUGUGAUGUGGAUCAGGACGGUCUGAUUAACUACCUGGAAUUUGCCAAUUUCCUUACCUGGAAAGACAGAGUACCUCUCACAGAAUUUGAGAAGAGGGUCAUUAUUAAAGAUAGAAAAUCAGAAUGUGAAAACCUUAUUGAGACAAGCAUGGGAGAGGGUAAAGCAGAUCUUCUGAUAAAGCCUGAAGAUAUUGUCCCAAGAGAACCAGGAAGUUCAGAAGAGACUCUCCGGAUGCUCCUGAGACCAAGUGACAAAGUUUCUGACUACUAUAAGACAACUUCUUCUGAGAUCGACGCUGUUGUUGGAGCUGUCUCUUCUGUAUGUUACCCCAUAUGUGGUGUUCCAAGCAUUCGAUCUGAUAUUCCUGCUCCCCGGAUUCGUCGAGUCAGUGAUGUAAAUAAUUAUGGUGAAGAUGGCAAUGCUUACUCACUGCUGUACCCCUCCAUCUUCUCCCAGAAAAAUAUAUUUGAGAGAGACUUCUUCAAGACCAGAUCAAAGGAAGAGAUUUCAGAUAUAUUAACUAACAUUGGCGUCAAUCUUUCUGAAGAAGAAUUUGAAAAUGUAUGGAAUCUUGCAUCAAAAAAACACUGGAAAGGAGAAGUUUCUGUGGAGACCAUCAGGAAUGUUCUAGAUGAGUUGCAGCAUAUGGACAGAGUCAAGUGUAAAACAGCCAUGUAAUAUUUUGGGAACUUACACAUUUUAAGCAAAAGAGAUUAAAUCUGUGUUCGUAUGAAA